UAAAUAUGUGUAGUUUUAUAGUGAGCACUUCCUCUUUCAUAAUCCUUUGCUGUUUAUCUUCAUCUGUCCCACCCACUCUGACUGUGUCUCUCUGUUCGGGUAAAGGCAGAGAGCAAAUUUAAUUGAAAUCAAAACUGAAAGUGUUGGAUGACUAAAGGGGUGGAGAGAACGGAGAGAACGGAGAGAAAGAAGAGGCAGAAGGAAAACAGAGGACAAAGGAUAUCUCUGUCAUCUGGAUCGCAUCAAACACAUUAAGAUGCAGUGCCUCCAAGAUCAGGUUGCUCUAAUCCCUCGGCCUCGUGGGACUUUGCCAAGGGUGUGUGCUGCGGUGCUGGCUGGCGUAUCAAUAGGAGUCAUCGUGUUACUGUCUCCUGAAAGGUUAUUUGGCUGGGUUGCCAUGGUAAUACUCACCCUGACCCUUGGCCCUCUACUGCACGGGCUUUGUCUGCUAGCAGAGGAGGUGCUGUAUCAUUCGAACACAAGGUACCGAGGGGUGCUGAGCCACGUGCUGCCAGCCUGCGGUUUGGGGGGAAAGACCCUGCUGACCGCAGGGCUGGCUGGCCUUCUGCUCUACCUGGCCGGACAUCCUCUGCCACACAAAGGCCAGUGUGGGAAACUCCUCGUCCUGGCCUCGGUUCUUUACGCGCUGUUCAAAAGCCUGGGAGUCCUGGGCCCGUCAGAGGUGGAGGUGUCAGACAUCUGCGAGCGGAGAAAGAUGAACGUGGCCCACGGCUUGGCCUGGUCCUUUUACCUGGGCUAUCUGCGACUCGUGCUACCGCAUUUGGAGGAUUCCAUCACAGCAUUUCAUGCCACCCAUCAGGCCAGCAGCCCCUUCAGGAGUCGUGGCUCCAGGAAGCUCCUUAUUCUCAUACCUCUCAACGCCAACAUUUCUCACAAGCUGGAGGACGAGGACGACAACAUCCAUUUCUAUGACAACUUACCCAACAAUGAAAUAAACAGGGCGGGAGUCCGGGGGCGGGUCUACAAGCACAGCGUCUACAGAGUACUGGACGGGGAUGGAAAGGCCCAUGAGUGUGUGGUGGAGUAUGCAACGCCUCUGCUAACGCUUUACAGCAUGUCCCAGGAGAGCAGCGCUGGUUUCGGGGAGCCUGAGCGCAGACAGCAGGUUCUGCUCUUCUACAGGACCCUGCAGGACAUACUGGAUCACUCGCUGGAGUGUCGCAACCGCUACACACUCAUCCUGCUCAAAGGUAGGAAGACAGCCAAAUAG